UAAUGCUCGCUUCAUGGUGUCAUUGUAGUUUUGCAGAGUCAUUCAGUGGGCUGAAGUGGACCAUCUGGCAGGCUGGUUGUGACCCUAGGCUGCACAUUUGGCACCCCUGCUCUACAGUGAGCAGUCAGUCAGCAGAAAGCAGAGAAUGAAGCCAAGAAUGGGAGAAAUAAACAUACUGGUCCUCCUGUUGCUGUCAGCAGGACUUUCUACUUCUUUUCCGUACUCCAGAGAAUAUCACUUUGUGAACCAGAGAAUGAGCUGGACUGAAGCUCAACGUUGCUGCAGAGAAAAUUUUACUGACCUGGUCACCAUCUUCAACAGUGACAUCAACGAGUUGCUUAUGACAAUGGUACAAAACAGAAAUGACAUCAGUGUUGCUGGAGCAUGGAUAGGGCUCUAUGAUAAUGUUUACAGCUGGAAGUGGUCCAUGGGGGAUAAGAGUAUUUAUAUUGACGGAAAACAUGAAUUUUUGACCUGGUUUAAAGGUCAGCCAAACAAUUUAAAUGGAAAUCAACACUGUAUGGUAAUUGAAGGAACAAAAGAGUUGAACGAUGCGCCUUGUGAUACUCCUUACCCUUUCCUAUGUUUUGAUGCCAACAGUACAACAAGUUACGUCUUAGUGAAGGAAAAACAAACCUGGCCAAAAGCUCAGUCAUACUGCAGGACACACCACACAGACCUGGCCAGCAUAAGAAGCAAUGAGGAAAAAUCCAACAUAGCUCUGGCCUUGACAGGAUCAGGGUUUACACAGAUACUGAUCGGCCUCUACAGAGAUCCCUGGACCUCCUGGUCUGACAACAGUACCUCCAUGUUCACUAACUGGGGCCCUUCUCAGCCUAAUAACUACUUAUUACAACAAUCCUGCGCACUGAUUAAUUUAGACUUGUGGAAAUGGUAUGAUGGAGACUGCAACUCCAGAUUCCCUUUCUACUGUUUCAAAGGUGAGGUCCUAAAUACAAACAGUGUAGUAUCCCGCCAUUAUGUGCUAAUGCUAAUGUUUUUCAAUUUGUUGUUUUUGGUGUGUGUCUGUGUGUUCGUGUGUGUCUGUGUGUGUAAUGCACUUAAUUCUAUAGCAGUAACAAAGCAAAUGAUACUGAAAGUUAAGACUCAGUCAGAGGCGAACAUGAACAGUGCAGAGAUCCAGCAGCAGGUAAGUAUCUUAUUGACAAUGCAUAUUCAACUUCAGUCAACCCUGUUUAAUAUUUUUAAUAUGGAACAUGUUCUCUAGCUGGAGACCCACAUGCAAACAAAAGGACUGACAAACUUCAAGAUACUUUGGAGGAGUGUCUAAAGUUACCAUAAGAACCACCGACACGGGCAGGAGGCUUAACGGCACAGAUGAACUCUGACCUGCUUAAAAUUUGCAUCCUUCACUGAGCUAUUUUAUCCUAUAAAUCUUAUAUUUUAGAGUGAAUGUAAUAAUCAACGAUUUUUCUUUUGAGCGUGCUGACAUAGAAAUAAAUUAUAGAGAAAAAACUGGAGUGACUCUGUGUUAGUGAUGAAUUUACAUCAACUUUUAAAUAUUGCUUUAUAAUAACUUGAUUUUUUCUGUUUGGUUUCUUUGUAUUGCAUAUACUAUUAGUGCCACAGUCUAAAUGUUCCAACCUCACUGACCCUACUCACAGAUUUUGAUUCAUGAAGGUUCAGGACUGUUCUUUUGUCAGGUUAUGAGAUGCAUCAGGGCUCUCUUAGAUAGUUCAUACCCUUUAUGCACACCUUCACGUCCACAGUUCAUUUCAGGCUAAGCUGGGUGUGUAUGAAAACAGGAGCAAACAGAACUGAAACUGUAAAGAGAGCCAAUGCUUCACGUUACAAGAAAAAAGAACCUUUUUAUAAACUCACAGGAGCAUUUUCCUUUUACAUCUUUGAUAAUUCAUGUCAUAUCAAAUCUGAGUAAAGACAAGAACACAGAAGAUAUUCAAGUUAAACAGUUUGUCCCAAAGGUUUCUCUGUGACGAUAAGAACCAAACAAUAACACAAUAAUGAUGAUGAUAUGUGACAUCAUUUGAGUCUGUGAGGGUUUAAUUUUUAGGGUACAUAUG